GAUAAAAAGGGCUUCUUAAUUAGGGUUAUGCGAGUAAUAAAGAGAAUUAUAUCUAAAGAGGCAUAUAAAUCAGGGAGGGUUAAGCAAGCUAUCCAUAAUAGAAAUCGCGAAUUUAUUACUUGCUUAGCAUAUGUCUCUAUAAUUAGAAAAAGGGUUCCUGUAACCCUAUUAUAUACUAGCAAAUCGUUUAAUUUACGGAAUACCUGGCGCCUUUUAAUUAUUAAUAGCUAUUUAAGCCAUAUAAAUAUAAUAUUUAUUAAUAAAUAUUAG